UGUUUAGUUGCUAUUAGCUAUAAUGGUGUCUUUAAGUGUUUUGAAGAUUGAUAACGAUAAUAUAAUCCUCUAGAAAUUCACAUUACAUACACACUAGUAGGAAAAUAAAAAAUCUUAUAUUGCUGUAUACUUGUACUCGUAUUAAAUUGAUAGAAGGUAGCAAUUUUUCAACACUAAGGAGUAGCUUAAAAAAAAAAAAAAAAAACAAUUUAUCUGUAUUUUUAUCCCCCUCAAAAAAAAAUCUGUAAUAAAAAAGGUGGGUUAGAGAGAGGGAGGAGGAGAAGGUGAUGAUGAACACUGGAAGCAGCAGCGGAGGAAGAACAUUAUGGGCGUCGACGACGUCGGGAUCAGGAAAGAGAAUACAAAAGGAAUUGAAAGAGUUGGAUUGUCCUCCUCUCUCCUCAGCCGGCCCCAUCGCCUACAGCAUUAACCAUUGGCUCGCCACCUUCCUCGGCUCUCCUGGUAUUAAUUCAUUCAUUCUAAUGUUUCUAUUCCAUUUAGUGUUCUUAUAUUUCAUCCUGUCAUUUUUAGGGACUCCAUAUGAAGGCGGUAUAUUUUUCCUUGACAUUUUGUUUCCCAAUGAAUACCCUUUCAAACCUCCCAAGGUGAUGUUUAAAACAAGGAUUUAUCACUGUAAUGUUGAUUCUUCCGGCAACGUUUAUUUGGACAUUUUGAAAGAUGGCUGGAGUCCAGCCCUAACAAUCUCCCAGGUCCUACUUGCUGUUAGAUCCAUUUUUCUCACCCCUGACCCAUACAAUGCUCUGGUGCCUUCCAUUGCACACUUAUACCAGGUUGAUAGGAAAAGGCAUGAUGAACUUGCUGCUGAAUGGACGCAUCGGUUCGCAAAAUAAAAAGGAACAAUGAAUGACUAAAGAUUUGGGACAUCUUGGAAUUUACUUGCUUUGUACGUAUAUAGAAGAAGAAAUGCAUGUCCAAUAUGUUAGUUAAUUCUAGAGGUUUGUACAAUUGUAGCAACAAGCAGUCGAAGGUUUCUAUAUCAUGGGGGAAUACAUAGGUGAGUCAGUAAGGUUUGCCUAAUGUUAUAAUGUUUAAAGAAGCUUGGGCAAAUUACACAGCUGGAUUGUUGUGAAUACUGAAUCGGAGUGGCAACUUUGGUUAUAUUUGUAUUAAACAUGCUGUUACUCAUGUUUGCCUAUUUGGGUUGAACUUAGGAUGGAACAUGGAAGAGAAAUGGUUAAUUCA